AUGAAUGACAAUCCUAUGAUUACCGAAGCAACAACAACAACAACAACAACAACAACAACAACAACAGCAACAACAACAGCAACUGCUGCAAUUACUACGAUCGCUUCUAUCACUAAACGAAAGAUAAUUCAGUUGAACUACAGUGAAGGCAAUAAUGAUAACGAUACAUUAUCAACUACUUCAUCUAAUACCAUUUACACUCAAUCAAUGGAUGAUAAAAAUACCUAUGAAAUUGCUAAUAAUAAUCAAUUUAUUAAACUAUCAGAAAAUUCACAUUCAUCAAAUGAGAAUAACAGUACACAAUUUUAUCAGUUUAUUGAUAAAAUAAAUUCAUCACAUAUUGAACCAAUUGAUAUCAGCUUGUCACAUACAACCGAAGAAUUGGAUGAAAAACGAGAAAAUGAAAAAAUUUAUGAAUAUUUGCUUCGAUUAACUGAAGUAAGAAAUUGGUUGAAGGAAUUCCUUCAUUUCGAUGAUAUUGCAAAAGAAACAGAACUUGAGCGGAAUUUGUCCAAUGGUGUAUUGCUAGCUCGACUUGCUCAUUCGUUUGCGCCACAUAUUGUACCAGUAUCAAAAAUUUUUGACAUUGAUCAGAAUCGUUUCUAUAAUGAUGGCCAAGUGUGUUAUCGUCAUACUGAUAACAUCAAUUUAUGGAAAGAUGCGAUAAGAAGCAUCCAUUUUCCCGAAGUUUUAAUUCCGGAUACUGUAGAGAUUUACGAAGGUCGUAAUAUAAAAACAAUAUUUAGCUUAUUUGCACUUGCCAAAUAUUUACAUCGAAUGCGUCGUGGACCGCCUAUUCGGCGUGAAGAGAACGUUCAAUUCUCACGUAAAUCUUUCGUAUUCAAAACUUUAAAACAUAUAUUAUAA